UAUUCUUGUAAUAAUUUACUAUUAUGAUAACUGCGUAGUGCAUACGUACCCGUGAUACCGACCUUUUCACCAAACCCUAACUUUUAUCUUUUAAAGAAAAUCAUUCUGCCUUUUUCUCCUUCGUAUCUCUUGUCCUGGACCACCAGAAUGUUGGGGUAUAUUGUGAUUAUUGCAAUCAUAGCUGCUACAGGAACACCGAGCGAAGCCAAGCAAGAUGUUAUUAAUCAUAAGGUUUUGUCCAUGGCCAAUCACACGAACACUGAGGUCCUCAACGCGCUGGGAACACGAUGGAAAUCGGCAUUAGAUAAACUACUGAGCCCGACGAAAGUACAGAAUGUUAAAACCAAGCUGACAGAAGACAAGACGAUUAACGGAGGUCGUCUGGUCAAAUACACUGUUUCCUACACCGCGGAUAAAAUCGUGCCGCAAAAGGACGCGAUAAAGGCCUUACUGGAUUCACUGCAUGCUCACCCCAUUGAUUAUCUUAUUCUUCUGGAAGACAUGCAGCUGGGACAAGGAUGCGCUCCUGGUGAUGGGGAUGAGCAGUGCAAGAGUUUCGUCGCUGACAUCAUCCUUGACUAACCACAUGGACAAUGUGCUUUUUUGGUGAUUACGAAUAAUGAGGAGCACGAGCAACAGUAUCAGCUUAUAAAACUUGUAACUACGAUUUGACAGUAGUGCGACUAGUGCCGAAUAAGUUAUUUAAUUUUAUUAUUUGCGGGCCAACGGCAGUCAUGAUACACAAACUGAUCCCACAACCGAGAAAAACGAGAAACAAACAAAAGAAUUCU